AUCACCGGAAAAAGAGGAGCCUCCCCUGGAAAGAGGAAUAAUUCACAUGAUCUUCGGUGGGCCGACUGACGGAGAUUCAAACAAAGCAAGAAAAGCAUACUCCCGAGGGAAGCACACUAAGGUCGAGGUACACCAAGUUGAUGAAGGGGGCCCAGUGAUGAAUUUCGGGCUAGCGGACGUAGGAAAGGUCGAGAGACCUUACAAUGAUGCUCUAAUAAUAACCACCCAAGUGUCGGGUUAUGAGGUACAAAUGGUUUUUAUCGAUACUGGGAGCUCAGUAAAUGUAAUCUUUUAUGAUUGCCUCAAAAGGAUGGACCUCGACAUCGAACUGACACCCUUACACACGUCUCUUUUUGGGUUCAACGGCUCGGAGGUCGCCCCCCUAGGAGAAACCACACUUGUUGUCGUUCUAGGGGAGGGAGACUUGAGAAAGGUGAAGAUGAUAAGAUUCGUGGUGGUCGAUGUCGAGGCGGUUUAUAAUGUGAUCCUUGGGAGACCAGCACUGAAUGCUUUCCAAGCUGUGGUAUCGACUUACCACAUGAAGCUAAAGUUUUCA